AGCUGGAAAUUGGGCCUCAAGAUUUGAUAGAAUGGAAAUGGAUAAAAACAAUAAUGACUGGGAAGAGGAGAUGGGUCCAGAGAGGGACUCGUGGCACGCUCUCAGCCAUUUACUUCAUAUUCGCCAUGGCAGACAGACAGACUGACAGACAGGCAGGCAAGAGAGGAUUGAUGUAUAUGGUUGAGUGGCCGCCAUUAAUGAACCUUUACCCAUUUUUCUUUAAGAAAAAAUGAAGGAAGUGCUAUCAUCAUCAUCAUCAACACCGUCAUCUUGCAGUAAUGCCCGUGCCUUGCUGCUGCCCCAUUUGAAGAGAAGCCCUUUGAAGGUGAGAACAUUGCAGUUCCAAUGGCGGUGCAGUUCCAGACAGGGGCAGGGGAAGACGAUGAUGAUGAAGAAGAUGGAAUCUCGUUCUCAUCCAUGUACUUACACUUCGAGGCUUUCCACCAACAUUCCUCUCUACGAAAUCCCUGGGGCUUCGUUUGAUGAGUAUCUGGAAGAUAAGCCGAGGGUUUUCAGAGCCAUAUUUCCUGACAAGCGAAGAAGUCACCAAUUAAAUGAGGAAGAAUGGAGAGUCUACAUGCUGCCGAUAAACUUCCUCUUCCUGACAGUGUCGCCGGUCGUCGACAUGAGGCUCCGAUGCAAAUCCACAGGGCUAGGGUACCCUCCCGGCGUCCCUUUACACAUUUCUAAGGUUCUUGAGCUUGACAUUAUAAGAUGGGAGCUUCAAGGGUUAGAUGACAUGCUGAAGCCAUCUCAAUUCUCCCUAGGCGUAAAAGGGGCGCUCUACUCUGACCGGAGCUCCUCGCCAAGAAGCCGCCUGAAAGGACAGCUGGAAAUGACCAUAAGCUUCGUUGUAUCGCCCGUACUCGCAUUGGUUCCUGAAGAUAUUCGUCGCGACGUUGCAGAGUCGGUUCUCAAGAGAUUACUGCAAAAUAUGAAGGAUAAAGUUAACGGCAGCUUGCUCGCGGAUUACGGCGAAUUCAAGAAGGCGAUAACGAGGAAGGCUCUAGCGCGACAAGCUAAGGAUUUUUGAUCCGAUUUACGAUUACUUUAUUGUUGAAUAUUGUUCCACUGGGAACUCUCUUGGCUUAUAAGGGUGAAGGACACUCCACCUAUCAUCAAAAGUUCGGAUCCCUUAUUAACA